GACAGGGAAGGGGUUGUUAGCGGGUAUAUAAUUGAACGGUAUAGAGGCGGAGGUCGGCAAUUCGAUUCAGUUUACUAACGCCGAUCACUGUCACAAAAUGGAUUCAUUGAGCGUCGAAAAGAUCCUCGAGGACAACAUCCCAGAGCAGCUCCUGGGGAAGGUUAAGCGCGUGAUCUAUGGACGGGAUCUGCAGUCAAUUCAGCUGCCAACUCUGGAUAAAAAUUUGCAAUGCGAGAUUAAAGGUUACAAGAUGGGGGGCGCCCGGGCGGAACAGCUGCGCGAUCCGCGAAUCGUCCGGGUUGGCCUCAUCCAGAAUACGAUCGUCCUGCCUACCUCGGAGCCGAUCGCCGAUCAGAGGAAAGCGAUACACGAUAAGGUCGGCAAGUACAUCGAGCACGCGGCCAAGUGCGGCGCCAACAUCGUCUGUAUGCAAGAACUUUGGACUAUGCCGAUGGGUUUCUGCACGCGCGAAAAGUAUCCAUGGGCGGAAUUCGCAGAGGACGCGAUAAAUGGCCCAACGACAAGCCUCGUGUCAAAACUCGCCCGUAAUCACGGCAUCGUCGUCGUCUCCUCGAUCCUGGAACGCGAUAGCACCAACAGCGACAUCCUCUGGAAUACGACGGUUGUCAUCGACGCCAAUGGUUCGGUCCUCGGUAAGCAGAGAAAAAAUCACAUACCACGUAACGGGGACUUCAACGAGUCGACCUACUACAUGGAGGGCAACCUCGGACACCCGGUCUUCAAAACCAAAUUUGCCAAGAUUGGCGUCGUCACCUGCUACGGCCGACAUCAUCCUCUCAACUGGCUCAUGUAUGGCAUUAAUGGCGCCGAGAUCGUGUUCAAUCCUUCGGCAAUAACGUCGGAGAGUUUCGAGACUUUAUGGCAGAUCGAGGCUCGUUGCGCCGCCAUCUCCAACAGCUACUACACGUGCGCGAUCAACCGGGUCGGCACGGAGGUCUACCCGCAACCCUUCACCUCGGGUGACGCGAAACCCCCCCAUAAGGAUCUCGGUGAGUUCUUCGGCUCGAGCUACGUCACUGCCCCCGAUGGCACUCGCACCCCGGGUCUCGGGCGCUGCAGCGAUGGCAUCCUCAUCGCCGAAAUAGAUCUCAACCUCUGCAGGCAGAUACGAGAUCUCUGGAACUUCCCGAUGACUCGUCGUCUGGAUCUAUAUGCUCAUAAACUUACCGAAGCAAGCAAUCCGGACUUUCAACCACAAAUCAUUGAUAAAUAAAUCAUUUCGCUCGUUCAAUAAUACACAUUACGAUUACGGCAAAUGUAUUAUAAAAAUUUUU